AUGCCUCUAGAAUACAUUGAAAACGUUUUGAUUGCUCCUAAAAUGGAUGCAUUUGGUUUUAGGCCCACACAAAACCAAUCUGGUGUUUUCUCUCAUCGCCACCACUGCACCACACACUGUCGCUCAUCGCCCUAUACCGCCGGCGACUAUGUUUUAAGACUCAAAGGAGCUCCAUCUUGGAUUACAACAAAAUAUUUUGGGCGUCAACAAUCAAAUCCUGUACAUGUCAUUUUGUGGUGUUCAAGGAUGACAACAAUCGGAACAACAAUGGAUCAACAACCUAAUACUACUAACAGACCUGAAUCUAAAAAUUCUACUAAAAUUCAGAAUUCAGCUUCAGGGUUCAAAAGAUGGGGAAGAAAAGGUCCAUUUAUCAGAUAUGGGCUUCCUAUGAUUUCACUCACUGUGUUUGGAGCACUUGGGUUAGGUCAUCUUUUACAGGGAAGCAAGGAUAUAGCUAAGGUGAAAGAUGAUCAAGAGUGGGAGAUUCUUGAAACUAAAAAAGCCCUUUCAAGAACAGGGCCCAUUGAAGCUUACAAGCCUAAAAACUUGUCAAUAGAGGAAGAGCUAAAGGCUUUACAGCAGAGUGUUGACAUAAACAACUAUGAAUAUAAGAAAAUUCCUAAGCCAAAUGAAGGUACAUGAGCUUGAAGGAAUGAAGUCUAGUUCUUUUUCACUUUUCCCUAAAUAAGCCACAUAUCUUUGAGCCUUUUCGUGUAAUUUUGUGCCUUGGAUACAGAGUUUGUAACAUUUAUAAGAUGCAUAAAAAGGAGUGGAACAAAACCCUUUUUUUUCUGUUGAAUUUUGGUGAUGAUGAUGUUAUUUGGAUCAUUGGAUAUAUG